ACCGCCGGCCGGUGUGCAUGUUGUGAGUUGGGGCAGAGCGGCGAGAAGGGACGGCACCCACGUGCGCGCACCGCACCGUCACGUGACCAAGCGCGCGCUCGCCGGCCUCUGCAUCGGCGCGCCGUCGACAGAUAAACGUAGCUCUACGGAACUGCUCGUCUCUACAACACUGCUGAAUUUACACCCGUGAGCAGAACUCAAGAGGAAGGACAAUGGAUCGCGAUCUGCAUAGGAGGGACAGAGUGGGAGUACAGGACUUUGUCCUUUUGGAGGACUAUCAGAGUGAAUCUGCUUUUAUAGAAAAUCUGCGUAAGCGAUUCAAAGAAGACAUUAUAUAUACAUACAUUGGAACUGUGUUGAUAUCAGUCAACCCAUAUAAAAAUUUGCGAAUUUACACUGCUGAAGCAGUUAAACAAUAUAAAGGUCUACAUUUUUAUGAAGCUUCACCACACAUAUAUGCCAUAUCAGACACUGCACUAAGAUUUCUUUUGGAGGAAAACAGAGAACAAUGUAUUCUCAUAUCAGGUGAAUCAGGAUCAGGAAAGACUGAGGCUUCAAAAAAGGUUCUGGAAUUUGUUGCUGAAACAACAGGGCAUACACGUGAAGUGGACAGAGUAAAAGAUAAAUUGUUGCAGUCAAAUCCAGUACUGGAGGCAUUUGGAAAUGCCAAAACUAACCGCAAUGACAAUUCUAGUCGAUUUGGAAAAUACAUGGACAUAGAAUUUUUGGAGGGUUCACCUGUUGGUGGAAAAAUCUUGAAUUACUUACUGGAAAAAUCACGAGUGGUUCAUCAGUAUCCAGGAGAAAGAAAUUUCCAUAUCUUUUAUCAGUUGUUGGCUGGAGCUGAUGAUGAAAUGUUGUCAAAACUGAUGUUAAAGAGAGAUCUAGACAGUUAUUUCUACUUUAGUCAAGGGCAAAAAGGUGCAGUAGAUGAAAUAGAUGACAGAGCACAAUUUCAGACAGUAAAAUCUGCAUUGUCGACAAUAGAACUAACAGAUAAAGAACAGGAUGAUAUAUUUGCAAUUGUUGCCAGUGUUCUCCACAUGGGCAAUGUCGGAAUGACAGAAGUGGAGGGCAGAGCUGUGGUUUCAAAACUGGAAAGUGUUGAAGCCAUUGCACAGUUACUGGGGUGUGAAGCAGAAAAGUUAACGAAUGCAUUUACCAACAGAACAAUUGAGGCACGUGGUGAUGUUGUAACAACACCUCUCAACAGGGAAACAGCUCUUUAUGCUCGUGAUGCCUUAGCGAAGGCUGUGUAUGAUCGCCUUUUCACAUGGCUUGUCACAAGGCUUAAUGUCUCGUUGAAACCUGACAGCGAGAAAACAACAAAAGCCAUGGGAAUUCUGGAUAUUUACGGGUUUGAAAUAUUCGAGACUAACAGUUUUGAACAAUUCUGUAUCAACUUCUGCAAUGAGAAGUUGCAGCAGCUGUUUAUUGAGCUAACUCUCAAAUCUGAGCAGGAAGAGUACCUGAAAGAAGGCAUUGAAUGGGAACCUGUGGAAUAUUUCAACAAUAAAGUUAUUUGUGAUCUCAUUGAAGAAAAACAUAAAGGAAUUAUUGCUCUGAUGGAUGAAGAGUGUCUACGCCCUGGUGAACCAACAGAUAUGAGUUUUCUGAACAAAAUGAAUGAAAACCUCUCUGACCAUCCACACUACAUCAGUCACAAAAAGGCAGACAUAAAAACACAGAAAAUUAUGGGGAGAGAUGAAUUUCAGCUGGUGCACUAUGCUGGUACUGUAGCAUACAACAUCAGAGGGUUUUUGGAUAAAAAUAAUGAUCUCCUUUUCAGAGAUCUGCGUGAAGUGAUGUCAGUGACAACAAAUUCGAUAACAAAGGCUGUAUUCCCCGUCAGUGACGUUACAAGCAAAAAGAGACCUGAAACUGCAGGAACACAGUUCAAGAAUAGUGUCAACAGGCUAAUGGAAAUCUUGGGUGACAAAGAACCAUCAUAUAUCCGCUGCAUAAAACCAAAUGAUGAUAAGAGAUCAGGUAUAUUUAAUGAAAAAGUUGUUCUGCAUCAAGUGAAAUACUUGGGGCUCAUGGAAAAUCUUAGGGUACGUAGAGCAGGAUUUGCUUUCCGACGAGUUUAUGAGUUGUUCUUGCAGCGUUACAAAAGUUUGUGUCCGGAAACAUGGCCAUUUUAUAAAGGGAGUGCCAAAGAUGGUGUGCAGACACUAGUGAAUUAUUUGGGCUAUGGAAAAGAUGACUACAGAAUGGGCAGGACGAAACUUUUCAUUCGGUUUCCUAAAACUCUCUUUGAAACAGAGGAUGCCUUUCAAGAAAGGAAAAAUUAUGUUGCCACCAUCAUUCAGAAAGUGUGGAAAGGUAUUCUUCAGCGGAGGAAAUACAUUGAAAUGAGGAAUUCUGCUAUUAUUAUACAGAAAUACAUUCGUAGACAUUUGGCACAGAAUGAAGCACAGAGGAGAAGAAAAGGAGUAGAAGCAAUAAGAAGGUUCAUCAAAGGCUUUAUUACUCGCCAUGGUCCAGUUAAUGAGGUGAACAAGGGAUUUAUCCAGGUGGCAAAAGUUCACUACUUAAAUAGAUUGGCCAAAAGUUUGCCUAAAAGUGUGCUGGAUAAAUCAUGGCCACCUUGCCCUCAGUCAUGCACAGAGGCUUCCAGGUAUUUACAUCAGCUGCAUGAACGAUGGCUGGCACGAAAGUAUCGACUGUCUCUAACACCUGAAGCUAAGAAGCAGUUCGAGCUCAAAAUAUUGGCAGAAUCAUUGUUUAAAGAUAAAAAGAAAUCAUACCCAAACAGUAUAGCUUCAAAAUUUGUUGAAGAGAGAUUGAAACCCGAGCACAAGACUUUGGUUCCAAGCUUUGUUUCUUCUCAUUUGCAAAAUGGAGAUAAGGUGCUGUACUCAAUUUCUGUGACAAAGUAUGAUCGGCAUGGUUACAAACCAAGAGAGCGAGCCAUGCUAGUAACAAGCAAGUCGUUGUAUGUCUUAGAUGGAAAGACUUUCAAAUUGAAGCAUAAUCUGCCUCUAAACAGCAUCCAAGAAAUUGUUGUAACAACAGCAUCUGACAAUCUGAUGUUGUUAAGGAUACCACCAGAUCUGAAAAAAGACAAGGGGGAUUUGAUACUAGAAGCAGAACCUGUAAUUGAAGCUGUGACAAAGAUAGUGGAUAUCACCAAGAAACCACAAUUGAUAAAGAUUUUGGAGGCUGACACGAUAUCACACAACCUGAUUGGUGGCAAGCAAGGUGUUAUUGAUAUUACAACAGGCCCUACACCAGCAAUCAGCAAAGGAAAAAGUGGUCAUCUUGUUGUGGUUGCAUCUCCAUAGAACAACUGCAUGGAAGAAUGUCCUUUGUACAAAAAAUAAGCAGAAACCUGUGAUACGUAUUUUUAAUUGUUAUGAACUUUGUGCCAUCCAGGAAGUUUUAAUAGUGAGGUGCUGCAAUAAAGUAGUUAUAUGUAAUUUACAGUUAAGUACUAUUGCAUUUUAUAUUAUGUACAGCAAUUUAUUUAUGAAUAAGGCAAAUGACUGUUUAUAAGAUUUGUACAUUUUUGUUCAAGUAUUGUAUAAAUGUUUUAUUUUGAAA